CAUUGCGACAUUACUAAUUAUUGCUCUGUUGCUCACGACGGUCGCGUUUUGUUUACAGAACGCACUAUAAAUUUUGAUUUUAAUAUUUUGUUUCUUUUUAAAUAUUUAUUGAACUGAAUAAUACGGGUUCACUAAAGUCUAUUUUUAUCAGCAGUGAUUAUUCAAUACGAUCGAGAUUUAUUCGUUUUGGAUAGGAAAACAUGAGUGAAAUUACUAUGCCUGUUUCUCAGUUUCAAGUCCAACCUGCAACACCAAAACCGAUGGGUCCUAAAAGUACAUUUAUUUACUGUAGUUCAUGCAACAAAAAAAAUCAUACAGUUGUUUUAAAGAAACAUAAAGCUAUUGCUUGGUUGAGUUGUUUACUGUUAUGUUUGGGUGGAUGUAUUUGUGGAUGCUGUUUAAUACCUUUCCACAUGGACUCUUGCUCAAAUAUCGAACAUAUGUGCCCAGAAUGUAAAGCUUUUUUGGGACAAUACAGACCAUAAACUAAAAUACAACAAUACUAUUUAAAUCAGAAAUAGUUUACUUUUAUUAUUAUUAUUAGUAAUACGACCU